AUGCAAUACAUCCAUUCUGGAGAAGCCGAUUUGAUCAACUUAGACGCAGGUCUGGCAAACUACGGCAGCAACCUGUACAGUCUACGACCCGUUGCAGUUGAAAACUAUGCUGCAAGCAAUGCUAAGGAGGCCAGAGAAUUGUUCUACUAUGCCAAUAUGGUGGUACCAGCCACAUCUAGCCCCGAUCCAAACCAAUUACGAGGAAAGGAUGUCUGUUCAGCUGGGGCCGGAACAGCUGAAGGAUGGACCAUGCCUGUUGGUAAACUAAUCGCAGAUCUCAAAGCAAUUCCAGUCACUCAGUGCAACAGCGUUGUACAAAAUCUGGUUCAGUUUUUGGGAGAUUCGUGCUUCCCAAACGCUUUGAGUGAAAUCUUCAAUCCAUUUGGAGACAACACUGAAGAGAUAUGCCGCAUAUGCGCCAAUCGGGGGCUACAGACAUGGUGCACCACUCGUGACCGAUAUGCACGCAACCAAGGUGCCCUUAGAUGUCUACGAGAAUAUACGGAAAACGUCGAAUCUGUUAUAAAGCCGGUAGCUGCGUUCGUUAGAGCACAAGAAAUAGACUUGGCUGCGGCGGCUGAAGGUUUUCCCGUGGGGAACUACAAGUUGUUAUGCCCAAACAGACAAUCCGAUGGCAGUUGGACAGCCAAUCUUAAUGAGUCCACAACCACAUGCCACUGGGGGCGGAUCCCCUCUCGUCUCAUCAUGACCUCCCUAACCAAGUCUAACAUCGUGACGUUGCAAGCAUUCCUGACACAACUGGUGGAGUUCUUUGGCCCCUCUGGAACUCAAGCUCAAAUAUUCAAUCUCUUCCAAUCCAACGGCUAUGGCGAUCCAGAGCAAGCAGAUCAGACAUACAAUUUGAUGUUCUCAGAUUUCACACAAAACAUUUAUGUCCCCCCGGAACAGGAGAUCUCCACCUUUUAUCGAUGGAUUACACCUGAAUUCAUGGAGGAGGUGCAGAAGUUAGAACAAUGUCCACUGCCCACUAUGAGCUGGUGUGUUAUCGACCAGUUCGAGAUGACAAAAUGUGAGCGGAUGAGUAGCGCGUUCGCCGCCAAACGCAUCCAACCGGAUUUAACAUGUAUUCAAGCCGACUCCACCAUCGAUUGCAUGAGACUCAUACAGGAUGGGUAUGCGGACAUGAUCACCCUGGAGGCCGGUGACUUGUACACAGCGGGAAAGUAUUUCAAUUUGGUUCCGAUAGUGGCUGAAAAUCAUGGUGACGGUCCCUUCUACUAUGCAGUCGCAAUUGUCAAGAAAACCAAUCCAAGCCUGCUGGUAUCAAACUGGCGAUAUCGUUUCACUUGUCACAGCGGUGUCGGUAAAGCAACCGGUUGGAUUGUUCCUUUGAAUAUCGCAAUGGAUACAAGGCAAUUCAUUGUGCUAGACGGACACCUCAUUUACGCUUUUGGUGAACUUAUUAGUCGCGCAUGCAUUCCCGGGAUUCUCAACAAGCCGUUUGACCGAAUGCAAACGAAUUCUCUCAACCUGUGCGAACGAUGCUUCAGUGGAAAUCGUGACAUGUGUCGGCGGGAUCAUUUGGAAUUAUACUACGGCGACGCCGGUGCCUUUCGUUGUCUCACCGAAGGAGGAGAUGUAGCAUUCGCAAGACACACGACAGUGCCUACGAACACAGCAGGACGUAAUCCGGAUUAUUGGGCGCGUAACCUACGUGAAGACGAUUACGAGUUGCUCUGCACAGAUGGUCGUCGCUCCGAAGUGAACAAAUGGGUCACCUGCAAUUUGGGACGGAUCCCCAGUAACGCGGUGGUGACAGCAAGCUACAAGUCAGAGAAUGAGCGUACAAAUAUGUGGCGGAUGCUACAAUAUGGACAGGAUUAUUACUCCGCUGACAAUAAUUCCAUCUUUCAAAUGUUUGAAUCCGGCUUCGGACAGAAGGAUCUCCUCUUCUCUGAUGACACCGAGAGCCUCAGUCUAAUCCCAUGGGAGAAUCAAACAUACACGAGAUGGCUUGGUCCCCAAUUUCUUCAGAUGGUUGAAAACUUGGAAUUCACGGCGAACCGAUACGAAGCUGGAAUUUUCGCAGCUGGGACACGACAAAACUGUUGCAUUGAAACCACACUUUUGUCUACGCUCUACUUUCUGUUGGCCUUUUUCUAUCCUUUCAAUUUCGCGACUGCUUAG